AUGACAGCCGGCACCGUGGUCAUCACCGGGGGCAUCUUGGCGACUGUGAUUCUGCUGUGCAUCAUCGCCGUGCUGUGCUACUGCCGGCUGCAGUACUACUGCUGCAAGAAGGGGGGCUCUGAGGAGGACGAGGAGGAGCCCGACUUCGACCCGCACCCGGGCCUGCCGCCGCUGCACUCCAACCGCCACCUGGUGCUGACCAACGGGCCCGGCGCCUUCGGGCCCCGGUCCCCGCAGGCCCGCGCCCUCCGCCGCGGCUGCUCCCACUGCGAGCCGCCCGCCUUCCUCCUGCAGGAGCCCGAGGACCAGGGCGUGCGCAACGGCGGCGAGCGCGUGGCCUACCGCGCCAUCAGCCAGGAGGACGUGGAGGGGCCCGCCGCCUGCGGGGGCCUGCAGCCACUCAACCCCAACCGCCUCUCCGCCAUGCGGGAGGCCUUCGCCCGGAGCCGCAGCAUCAGCACCGACGUCUGA